AUGGCUCCCGAGAACGUCAUUCUCUAUCAUUACUCGUAUUCCCCGUACGCUCGGAGGGUGGCAUGGUAUCUGACGCUUCGAGGAAUUCCUUAUGCGCAGUGUAUGCAACCGCCGACAAUGCCUCGCCCAGACGUGGCACGCCUCGGAAUAGAGUACAGGCGCAUCCCCAUCCUCUCCAUCGGCAGAGACGUGUACCUGGACACCCGUCUGCAGCUCAUCAAGCUCGAGGAGAUGGAGGUUUCCCUCCCCCGGCUCGGAGCAGAGCGGCCCGACCAGCGCGCCGUCGAGAGGCUCCUCUCGAGGCUCAUGACCGACGGCGGCGUGUUCGGCUGGGCCGCCUCCCUGCUCCCCAGGGACAUGCCGCUCCUCAAGGACCCAGCCUUCCAGAAGGACAGGGCCGAGUUCUUUGGCUCGCAGCCCCGGCCGGACCCGAGGCACGUCGCGCUCCGCGAGGUGGCGUCCGUCUUUGGCCUGCUGGAGACGACGCUCCUCGCGGACGGGAGGGACUGGGUCCUCGGCACGCCGGCCCCGGGCCUCGCCGACAUCGAGGCCGUCUGGCCGCUGCACUGGCUGGCGGGCGUGCCUGGUGCCCUGCCGGGGGACGUGUUCGGGCCGCGGGCGUACCCGAGGGUGUACGCGUGGAUCCGGCGCUUCGAGGAGGCCGUCCGGCGGGCGAGGGGGAGGGCGGGCAGGCCGCGGACCGUCGGCGGCGAGGAGGCGCAGCGCAUCAUUCUGGGGUCCGGCUACCACGAGGCCGAGGGGCGUGUGGACGGGGGGGAUCCCGAGGUCGUCGCGCUGGGGCUGGCCAAGGGGGACGUGGUCACGGUUGGGCCGACCGACUUUGGGGCCGCGCGGAGGGAUGUCGGCCGACUGGUCGGCCUGGACGCGGACGAGGUUGUCUACGAGACGGAGACGGAGACGGGGGCGGAGGCCGGCGCGCGCGGGCGGCCGGUGAGGGUUCACGCGCCGAGGCACGGGUUUCGCAUUCACGGGGUGAGGGAGGACGGCGUGAGGCUGUGA